CACUAACAACUAUCGCCAUACAUAUUUUUUCUUGUUUGCUUUCGUAUAUAUAUAUAUAUAUAAAAUUAACAAAAAAACAAUUCAUAUUGUGAAAUAAUCAGACGAUGGAGGAGUUGCUAAACGAAGUGGUGCCCCAGGAGGAUUUAGAGAGAUUCGAAAGGAAGUACCUCCAUGAGUUUGAGCUCGAUGGGGAAGUCUCAACAGAAACAAAGUUUGAAUACGCUUUCUGCUUGGUCCGGAGUCGUUAUACAAAUGACAUUCGGAAGGGUAUUAUGAUUUUGGAAGAUCUUUGUCGCUUACAUCCAGAUGGACGACGUGAUUAUAUUUAUUAUCUUGCCUUUGGAAACGCACGAAUUAAAAACUAUACAGAAGGCCUAAAGUACUGUAGAGCAUUUCUGGAUAUUGAAUCUAAUGAUCAAGUGCGGUCAUUAGAGGAAUACAUUAAAAAACAAAGCGAUAAGGAGGUUGCAAAGGGCAUUGCUGUGGCUGGAGGAGCUGCUCUUGUGCUUGGUGGAAUUUUGGGCCUAGGAAUUGCGAUGGCUAGAAAUAAACAAAAACGCGAUAAAUAGUGUAAAAAUAUGAUAGAGCUCUUACGGAAUCCAAAUUCCCUCCCAAAUGUAUACAUCCAUGUACUAUCAUUGUGAGGACGUGGUUCAAGCACAUAGCGCCAAUUAUUUAACUUCAGUCUAUUUCUCUUAAAUGCCCUGUUUAAUAAUAAUUAAUUUUUUAUUGUCAGUUAUACUUUUAGCUAAGUAAUUGUUAUUAGCAAUUUAUUAUAUAUAAAACUAAUACACUCUGUUCAUUACCAAAAAAUGAUAGUGAAAUAAAUCAUCAAACUAUU